UUAUUAUGCAUGAUUGUUAUAACUAGGAUAACUUGGCUCAGCCAUGACAGAAGUAACAAGGCAUGAAAACUAUCUAAACAGUCUUACGUGUCUGUCAACCACAUUUUCUGCUGAAAUUAAGUUUGAAAUGAACCGGGUGGUUGUGAAGCAGCCAGCAUCGUUCGCCUCCACAAAACCCAAUCACAAACACACUGGAGACCGGACAUGGACGCUAUGGUGUCGCCUAGCAUCACGUGCAUGCAAUGUUAGGCAUGGCGUUGCUGUUGGAGUGCCCUCAACCACCUCCGUCUCCUCCCCUCUGGAAUAGACGCAACAGCAGAACAAAUUAUUGAGAGGUAGGCACGCCCCACAGGCCGGCCACAGUGCGCCAGCACCACUUGAACCUGAAGCAGAGGCCACACUGCAAGCGCCACUCGAAGCAGGGACGAUGAAGCCGCAGACGCAGCUCCUCCUCUUGGCCUACAUCGCCGCGGCGCUGGUCAUGAGCGGCGGCGUCCUCGCCGGCGCCGGCACCCAUGCGGCGAUGCCGGUGCGUACCGUCGAGGAAGACGAAGUGGGCUUCACGGAGCGUGAGGAGGAGGCGGCGUACCCACAGAGGAGGGUGCUUGCUUACAGCCCAACUUCCAUCGGCUACGGAGGGCUGGAGGCGAACAAGGCGGCGUGCUACGGCUCCUGCCCCGGCCGGGGGCAGCCCUACACCGGCCGCGGCUGCAAGGCCAUCUUCGGCUGCCGCGGGCGUUGAUUAUCUCAUCUCAUCUGGAAGGUACUGCCAUUCCUGUUUGCUUCAUGGCAGGAACAAGGGCCCUUCUUCCACUGACCCCAGAAAGCUGUGGGGAGAUAAAAACAAUUGUGGUUACUGUGUAAGCUCAAGUAGUUUUACAUGCAUGUAUUUGUGUUCUUGUAUGUAAUCCUUGGUUCCUUGUGUGUACAAUAAUGUGUGUUUGGAUGAAUUCAAGCAUACAUACGAUUCAGAAAAA